GCGCGGGCUACGGACCGAUAUAAAUACGCGGCGUCCGUCGUAUCGAGACGCCAACGCGAGUUUAAGGUGUUUGAUAUUUGAAUGCGUCGAGAUGCCUUAGACAAAAACUGAGGUAGAAGACAUCGCAAAGAAAUUUAAGUUAGGCUUCUAAGAAAUUAUACCGUUUUUUUUUCUCUUAUGUAAAAUUCAUGUAAACUCGGUACGCAUGAUACCUUUAUUGCGAGAGACAGUGUCAUACCCAACAUCGCGAUGUGGCAUUCCACUAGAGCAUGUAUGUCAUAUUUCCGGCAGAUGAGGUAGUAUAUCUGUCAUAUGGUCGCCUUAUCGUCGUACCCGCCAAUUCCACACCAGAAAAUUCGAGUGCCCCAAUUCGGACCAACUCAUUGCCCUUCGAAAACACUAGCAUAGAUUAUCCUAUACGUUUGACCAAUUCAGUGAGGAAUAAACGAACCGAAAUUUUACCAAAACCAUCCAGGAUUGAGUAUAAUUUGGAUGAUCAACCCUCUACGAGUCGAGGUUGCAACCAAACUAUUCAGGUAUCCCAGGAGAAAAAGGAUUCCCAAGAAACGAAACCCAAAAAAAAAUCCCUUAGGCUUAACUUUAAUUUAUUAAGAAGGAAUAACUCCAAGCAAUCAGAAACGCAAACCCCUCUGAGCUCAAGAGUCAGACACUCGGUUGGACAUAAGGAACAGUCUGGUAUUUCACUUCCCCCUUCAGAAGCUUUCAAGCGAUUUUGCCAUAUUUCAUCUCCGGAACCAAAAAGCAACUCGACUCAACCAUUUCCUGUAAUCCCACAAAAUUCCAGAGAUAAAGAAAAAUCUCCUUCAGUACAAAGAAUAAACUCGCAAGAGAGAAUCUCGAGUAAAAGAUCGUCUUCUUCUUCAAAAAGUGGCAAACCUCCUAUUUUUCAAGAAGAACCUGGAAGCAAACGUUCGAGCAAGCAAAGUUCAUCUUCGUCCAAGUCAAAUAAGCAAGAAAAAUCUCCACUUCCUAACAACAUUUCUCCCUUUAAACGAUCUCAAAGUCAAGUUCAAAGAGAAACAAGAAAAGACAUACCUAGCAGAAAAACCUCAUCAAGUACUUCAGAAAAUUUUUAUCCACUCUCUACUAGUAGAGAAAAGAAAAUCGAAGAACCUAGUCCUGAACCAAUAUCUAAAACAAGACCAAGUUCCUUAAGGUCAAACUUCCGAAGAAGUAAAACUCCUGAAGUAACUUUCGCAAGCCAACCCCCACGCCCCGAACGCAAAAAAGAUAAGAAACUCGUCAAACCGAAAAGCACCCUCGAGAGAAAGCUGUCCUUUUCCGAUUUCUUACCCCUAGGCCGCGAUAAAUCGUCCGAAUACCGUCCGGAAGUGAAAGUGUCCAGUGAUCGCGAUACUUUACAAGUGGAAAGCAACAAACCUGCAGUGUUAAGUUUUUUUCGUAAAACUCCGUCGCCCAAGAACCUCGGUCGCGAUCGUACGCCGCAUUUGAGUCGAGAUUCGAGUUUUUUCCCGAACCCAAAUUUAUCAUUCGAUAGUCAGAGUGAAGACAUCUCAAGGCCAAGCAAUACAGGACAAAAACACGCAUCAGAAAGGAAAAACGACGCCGGAAAAUCAAAAAACGCGCUCCGAAGGAAAGAGCGAGUAUAAAAUUGAAACUUCAGCGGCCAUGGCGUCGAAUAGCGAGUCUGCUCUAAAGGAUUUGAUCCAUCCGUCGUACAACGAACACCUCAAAUCCCACAAUGCCGUCACUUUCAAACUUGUCAAAACCGUUUCGGAUUUCACUCAGCAGCUGGGCCAAAUGUACGAACAGCACGCCGAGGAAUUGCAAAUGCUGGUGGCGAACUUUCGGAAACGGAACACCGAACUUCGAAAGGAAAGACCAGCGUGCCCCAGCUCAUUAUUUCAUACCUGGGAGGCUCUGCUUCAGGAAGUUGAAAUCGAUUCUCAGGCAUUAGGCGAUAUAGCCUCCAUCUUAGGACGCCAAGUAUCUCGACCGAUGUUGGAAAGAUCAUUUUAUAGGAAAAUGCAAUCCAGAAAGGUGUUUACGCACAGAGAGAGUUACGAGACUAUAAUAGCCAAGACGGAGGAAAAGUUAGCUAAGACAAGACAGGAAUACAAGAAUGCUUAUCUGUCAUACUUGGCCAAUCCAACGACUGAGAGCUUGAGUGCGUAUUUUAAUGCGCACAACGCCUACGUACAGCAAUUGCAUGCAACUAAUGGUAUGAUGGAGGAGUUUGGAAAUACAACAUUACCGUCAUUAUUACAGGAACUAGAAGAAAUCUAUACGGAUUUGUGUUCAACAGUGACUGACGCGGUUAUACAGGGUGCAGAAAUAGUUUCAUCUAGGGCUCUAGACCAGACUAAGCGCUACGAAACAUUAGUAAGCCAAUGUAGAUCAGUAUCAGGAACAUUAGACCUCGCUCAUUUAUCACGAUCAAUACCAACACCACCAGGGCGCGGGUUGAUAACCAGAAGAGUAUUUGUACCACCCCAACCACCACCAUCCCCUGAAGCCGUUGAUGGAGACGUUGCUAACGGUCAUCCCAACAACGAGAACAUCCCUCCGCCACUGAAAGACGAAUUAGUGAUAGAUCAGCUUUCGGCCGUCCAGAUAAAACCUUCGCACGACGCUCUCAAAAAGGAAUCCGACGACCUCAAGGCACAGAUAAGGCAAAUUCAAGAUGCGCUAGAUACUCUUUUAAGGAUACAGCAGAGAUCGGUCGAGGCCUCACUCUACAAUAAGGCCAACGAACUUCAAGAAGACAUCUCGAUGAAGAGGUUCGACUUGAGGGUGGCCCAGAUACAUCUUAGGGCUAUCAAUGCACAAAAAGAACUUUUCAGCAGCAAGCUUGAGGGCGAUACGGUAGCGGGUCGCGAACGGAAAAUGUCCGCGUCCUCGACUGCUAGCAUGAAAAAUAAGUGGAUGAAAGCCUUCAAAAGCCUGAAAACGCCACCACCUGAAGAACAACCCAAGAAAAAUGGGUCAGCCGCUACCAGGGAACUGCUAAAAGGAGAUCCAGAUGCGCAUAAUUUCCAAGAAAACACAUACAAGAAAAUUACUCCAUGCGACGUUUGCUCACAAAUCUUACGAGGUCAUACGCGUCAGGGUCUAAAAUGCAGAAUAUGCAAGAUGAACAUCCAUUACGAUUGCCAGAAGGAGGCACAAAAAUGCCAGACUAAAGCCAAACUGCUUCGGAGACAGAAAUCCACAUCCGAAAUUGAGACUAGAGUGCCGGACAUGAACGCUGAUGAAGAGAGUUUAGCCGACGGCUUCAUGCCAACCAUAAACCGAAGACUCUCGGUAAAGCCAAUCGACUUGAAUCGUCUUUCGCCGCCGACCAACGAGGCAGUUCAUUUAGACCCUCGUCGCAGUAGACAACAGGCUUCAUCAAGUGGAACUCCACCGACGCCGCCCCAAGAUUCCACGUCGAUGCGCAGGCGUCUGUUCGCUGGUAUGAAGAGUCUGACCGGGUUCGGAUCCAGAUCCAGACAUGGUAGUCCCGGCCAUCGCUCCAUCUCCCUGCCAGAAAAAAGACAUUCGCAAGACGGCUCAGGAAACCGCCCGUUUGGCCAACCAUUGUGCCUAGGCGUCCAGUUUGAUAACGGGAAUAAUAUUGAUUUGCCCCCAAAGUCACCAUCUCCUAAGUCAUCAUCCCCUAAGUCACCGUCCCCCAGCCCUAAAGGAAAAUCCAUGUUGACUAGAAAGCUGUCCCUUUUUGGCAAAAAUAAAAAAUAAAUUAUGAAUUUUAUUUCGGCUUUUGGUAUAAACUCACAGGUCGAAUGAAAUACAAACGAACAAAAACGGCUAUAUUAGUAUUAGUAUCAAAUGUUUUUUUUUUAAAAUGCACCUACGUAUGUUAUAAGGGUGAUGUUGUACCAAAUAUAAAAUUAUUAUAUUUUAGAGAGCGUUUUACGAUAAAAUAUGUUAAUAAGAAAAAAACUUAUUUUUUGAUUGUUUUCUUUCAUGAUUUUCCGACUGUGAUAAUAAACAGGUUAUCAAACUUUC